AGGACGUCACAUUUUGCGCGCCUUCUUCAGUUGAGGCGGCUGCUAGUGUUCCCGCCUAAAUUGGUUGCUGAUGCUAGUCGUCGUUCUUGAAGUAUUUGACCUUUUGCUCUCAGUUAGCCUGCUGUUGUAACUUGUGCGUCGUUUAUUAGAAAGCCUCCAGAAUGCUUGUCAUAGGAUCCUGCGAUUUGCCGGUCACCCACGAACCGAGGGGCCAAAUUCAGCUGAUCAUUGGCCCCAUGUUCUCGGGCAAAACGACCGAACUUAUGCGGAGACUGAAACGCUACGAGGUUGCAAACCACAGGUGCCUGAUAGUCAAGUACGCGGGCGAUACCCGUUAUGACGAGGAGAAUAUAAGUACGCACGAUAGGCAAGCCAUGGCUGCUGUGAAAGCAACCACACUGUCAAACCUCAAAUCCGCGUCAUCUGACUUCAGGGUCAUUGGCAUUGACGAAGGACAGUUUUUUCCCGACAUAGUGGAGUUUGCUGAAUACAUGGCAGAUGCUGGAAAGGUGGUAGUCAUUGCAGCCUUGGAUGGGACGUAUCAGCGCCAGGGCUUCCCCAGCAUCCUCACGCUUGUGCCGCUGUCAGAAAGCGUCAUAAAACUUUCUGCUGUCUGCAUGAUAUGCUAUGCUGAGGCAGCCUAUACAAAACGUCGAGGACAGGAAAAAGAGGUGGAAGUCAUCGGAGGUGCUGACAAGUACAUGGCUGUCUGCCGAACUUGCUAUUCUCAGGAUGAUGACAUGCCUCCGAAAGAAUGCUAAUGUUUGCCAAGCUGCAUGUUUAUCGUGGCGCACAUGGUCUCGCAUAAUGUCUUACCCAGUGACACGCGAAUGCCUCUCAAGCAUCGCUAAGGAUCUCUAUUUUAUGCAAACAGCUAUGAUCGUCCCCUACGCACAUCCUCUGUUAUGCAUCAUGGUGUGUAUUUGCCGAUCAGAACGUGUGUGCACAGGACAAGAAGUGAGGCCUACCUGCUUGUGCCUUGACCACCACAUUUCGUUGCUCAGCAUACUGUGGCAUUCAUGUCUUUCUUUGCAUAACUCCUUCUCUGACAUUUAUAUAUACCAUUACAUCACCUGCAUUUUUAAUAUUAGUAUCAUCUUGCACUUUGUAUGUUUGAGCACAACUGUAUCAUAUUUGGUAAUAUAAAAUCAGCAGCAUGUCCUCAUGUAUCACAAUAUGAUCUCUAUGUGCAUACAGUAGACUUCCGUUAACUUUACCUCGACCGAAGGCACCAGCUAGUGUCUGUACACUUUUAUGGGACCAAACAUUUAUUACUUCGAUCCUCGGGUUACCUUUAACCGGGUAAUUCGAACUUGGCCAGUGAUCUUGAAUGUGCCCGACCCCAAUGGUGACUGCAGUAAUGAUCCAAUAGCAGCAGUGCCCAAAUUCGCAGCACUUAAGGUGCACUGAAUGUCAUGGAACACACACUGUAUCCUGUCAACAUUGUCAAUUUACGACCUGCCCCGGGAAGAUAUUUAACAAGAAAUUGCCAGCUUGAAAUGAAAGAAUGCAGCAUUUAUCUAAUUCAAACAUCUGCCUUUUUUGUCGAGAAUUGCUCGGGUAGUGCAAUCUGAUACAAAACGAGAACCAAUAUCAUGAAUAUAGUUGGAGCUAGAGUGGCCAGCAUCAUUGCCUUUGCAAGACAACUAUGGAUGGUGAGUUAACACAGCAUAUCAGCAAUAUGACAUAUUGCUUUUAGUCUGUGGCUGUACUUUACAUGUUCCAUUCUGCACAAAUAUAUACAAACUUUGUAGGCCUGCUCACUGCUUUUGUGGUCCUUCAAUCCAACGGCAUGCACGUGUCAGGCCUGAGCACUCGCGAGUGUCAAACAUCCAGAGACUGCCUGCCUGCCUUGGCUGUUAAGCUUAACCAGCGCUGCUUCACUGUCUGCCACCAAAUUUACUCGAGUGCUGUGUAGACUCAAAUAUAUUCACAAUGGCCAUGCAGCCCUAUGGAAGCCAAAAAAACCCCAAUAAAAGCAGGAGUAUUGGUUACGAGUUACAUUACCCAGCUGAAUGGCAUUGCAUUCAUUGCUGAGGUUCUUAGAAAUAUUGUGAAUGGGUACGUACAAAAAGUUGACCCCACCACACUGUACAAAACAUAGCUUAUUUCACAGGGUUAUAAAUUUGGAAUUUUAUAUUUGUUUGUUGUAACUGGAGAUGUAGGCUAUGCAUGGUAAAAUACGUGCAGUAUAAAAUUUACCAUAGCUUGUGUGCAACCCUGUGCUCUGAACAUCAAAAUUUUCAUAGAGUAUGGGCAAUAUGCAAACAUAAAGUUGAGGUUUCGUUUCACAGCAAGUCUAGAGCUAACACAAAAUGCCCCACUCCUUGCAUUUGUUGUAGUGUGCAAAGAGUUUAAUGGAGUGAGGCAGAGGCGAAUAGUUACACAUUUAUGAUUGCAUUACAUUGUUAUCGGCCAGUUCUACUAUACAAAUAGAACUACUAUACAAGUAAAAUCAACCAGUUCUAGUAUACAAGUAAAUGUAAUCACUUUUUUCUAUAUUACCAUUAGUGUAUAUUUUGUCUUAGUCAAGCUUUAUGUGGUGGUUUGUAUGUCCUAUGUAUAUCAACAAUUUUAAUGCCAAUUUUAACUGAUGUUUUGUACUGAAAUCCCAGUUAACUUCAAAAUGCUCAAACUGAACUGCUCUGUAACCAAUAGCUUCUUUGCAAGUGUAUAUCUGCUACUGUUAUAGCAACAAUGCAAAUUUUCUCGUCGAUUACUUUGUUAUAUCAGUGUUCGUAUAUUGACGUUCACCUGAAGUUGUGUACCUCCGGUGAAUACCUGUUCAUGUAAAUUGCACUAAAACACUGACCACUGAUUUCGUCAAGUUGAAUGAAUGCUUCAAUAUAAAAUGCUUAUAACAUUCAAUGCUCUCCUAUGGU